ACACUCGGAAGGCAAGCACCAGCAAUUGGCUCGUUGCACGCUGAUAAUGAGGCAGUUGGUGUUGCACAAUGUUGGAUCUAGACAUAUGUAUCGAGUUGUUGAAAGAGUGCAAAUGCAUUCCUGAGGCCGAUGUCCAGGAGAUAUGUUUCAAAGCGCAGGAACUCUUGAUGGAAGAGGGAAACGUCCAGCUUGUUGACACUCCCGUGGUGAUAUGUGGCGACAUCCAUGGACAGCUACACGAUCUAUUGACGUUGUUCAGGGCUGGGGGCGAUUGUCCAGACUCCAAGUACUUGUUUUUGGGUGACUUUGUCGAUAGAGGGUUUUACUCGUUAGAGUCCUUCUUGUUGUUGUUGUGCUACAAGGUCAGAUAUCCUGACAGAAUCGCUUUGGUGCGAGGCAACCACGAGUCCAGGCAGAUCACUCAGGUGUAUGGUUUCUACGACGAGUGCUUGAGAAAAUAUGGCUCAGCCAACGUUUGGAGAUACUGCUGCGAAGUGUUUGACUAUCUUUCAUUGGGCGCCUUGGUUGGAAACAGCAGCGGGGGAGUCUUUUGUGUGCAUGGGGGUUUGUCUCCUGAUAUCGAGAGCAUCAAGCAGAUCAAGCUCAUUGAUCGCAAAAAGGAAGUGCCCCAUGAAGGUGCAAUGUGCGAUUUGCUUUGGAGUGAUCCUGACGACGUGCCAGGCUGGGCUAUUUCCCCCAGAGGAGCAGGCUUUCUCUUUGGCAAAAUGGAGGUCGACAAGUUUCUACACGAAAACAACAUCUCGCUCAUUGCCAGAGCACAUCAGUUGGUGAUGGAAGGAUACAAAGAAUGGUUUGAUGGUGGAUUGGUCACUGUGUGGUCUGCUCCCAACUACUGCUACCGCUGUGGGAACGUUGCUGCUGUGUUGAAGAUAGACGACAACUUGAACAGAGAAUACAAGAUCUUUGAGGCCACCAUUCAGGACGCCAACGCCAUUCCCUCAAAGAAACCAGUCACCGAUUACUUUCUAUAGUCUGUUAUAUUAUAUCAUAAUCCAUUGUAGUCCAUUCCACUCUUCAGUAGCGAAAUUGCACUUUUGUGUUGCGCUUAAUUUUGCUUCUCCGGGUAAGCCUGAAAUUUUUCAGCAAGCA